UCUUCCUGAGACCAUGAAUUAAAGGCAUGGAACACCACUGCCUGGCUAGGAUUUUUUAAAAUGUAUAUGCAGAAAACUUCUAUUAUUUUUAACAAAUUUAGUAGUUAGCUAUUAAGUGCCUGAUAUACCCAGUCCUGAUUCAGACUGCUUGGACAUCCUGUGUGUGGAGUGCUCUACAUGGUUCAGAUCCAUGCAUUGGCAUUAGCUGGUUGUCACAAGGCAGGCAUGUUACCAUGGAGAUGGCAUCAUGACAUCACAAAACAGGUUAUGACUGUGCCUGCAAAUCCUAAGGGGAGGGCAACACAGAGCCCACUUGCUCUUGGUUUCUGGUUGAUGAACUGGGUACUAAGGACACUGACAAACAUGUGUGAGAUGCAGAGGUUUACUUCAGGGCUCUCCUAGCUCUGCAAAGCCCUCAGUGCAGUCCCCUUGGCUGCCGUACCACUUCCUAGAUCAAGGGAAGGUCUGGGUCGGAGGGGAAAGAGGCUUCUUUAGGUGUGAGCCCAGGGUACCUUCUAAAGGAGAGGCCUUGGUUCCUAGUGACUGACCUUGACUCCUGUACUUCAGCCGGUUGUUACGAAUUGGAAGAGGCAGAGCCUCAUAAUUUUUGUGAUUUUUUUUUUUUUUUAAAUCCCCAGUUAAUGGGUCAUUCAGAGCCUACCCAGGGAUUUAUUGAGAGUCUGGUCAUUUAAUGAUCAUAACCCCGACCUUCACAUUAACCUAGCAGCCUAAUGAGCUUCAGGGAAGAUGGUGAGUUGGAAGAAGGUGAACUGGAAGAUGAUGGAGCUGAGGAGGUCCAGGAUACCCCUGGAGGACAAGAGAGGAGUCGGAAAGACAAGGGGGAGAAACACCACAGUGACUCCGAUGAGGAAAAGUCUCACAGGAGGCUGAAACGGAAGCGGAAAAAGGAGCGGGAGAAGGAGAAGAGGAGGUCGAAGAAAAGGCGGAAAUCUAAGCACAAACGCCAUGCUUCCUCCAGCGAUGACUUCUCAGACUUCUCAGAUGACUCAGAUUUCAGCCCCAGUGAGAAGAGUCACCGCAAGUACCGGGACUAUAGUCCCCCAUACGCACCAUCCCACCAGCAAUACUCCUCAUCACACAACACACCCCUGCCCAAGAAGUCCUACUCCAAGAUGGAUAGCAAGGGCUACAGCAUGUACGAGGACUACGAGAAUGAGCAGUAUGGGGAGUAUGAGGGAGAUGAAGAGGAGGACAUGGGUAAGGAAGACUAUGAUGACUUCACCAAAGAGCUGAACCAGUACCGGCGUGCCAAGGAGGGCAGCAGCCGGGGCAGAGGUAGCCGAGGCCGAGGCAGGGGCUACAGGGGCCGUGGGAGCCGAGGAGGAUCUCGAGGCCGAGGCAUGGGCAGGGGCAGCAGAGGCCGAGGCAGAGGCUCCAUGGGAGAGCACCCAGAGGACGAAGAGGACUUGUAUGAAGAGGAGAUAGAGUAUGGAGAAAGUGAGGAGCCCAUGGGAGACGAUGAUUACGAUGACUAUUCCAAGGAGCUGAACCAGUACCGCAGGUCCAAGGACAGCCGAGGUCGAGGAUUAAGUCGAGGCCGAGGCCGCGGUUCCCGAGGCAGAGGAAAGGGGAUGGGCCGGGGCCGAGGUCGAGGCGGCAGAGGCGGAAUGAGCAAGGGCGGGAUGAAUGAUGACGAGGACUUCUACGAUGAUGACAUGGGCGAUGGUGGUGGUGGUGGAAGCUACCGGCGAAGUGAUCAUGACAAGCCCCACCAGCAGUCUGACAAGAAAGGCAAAGUCAUCUGCAAGUACUUCGUGGAAGGACGAUGCACUUGGGGAGACCACUGCAAUUUUAGCCAUGACAUUGAGCUACCGAAGAAGCGAGAGCUGUGCAAAUUUUACAUUACGGGGUUCUGUGCUCGUGCUGAGAACUGCCCCUACAUGCAUCGUGACUUUCCCUGUAAGUUAUACCACACCACUGGGAACUGCAUCAAUGGUGACGACUGCAUGUUCUCCCAUGACCCACUGACGGAAGAGACUCGAGAGCUCCUAGAUAAGAUGUUGGCUGAUGAUGCAGAAGCAGGUGCUGAGGAUGAGAAGGAGGUUGAAGAGCUGAAGAAGCAGGGCAUCAACCCCUUGCCCAAGCCACCUCCUGGUGUGGGGCUCCUGCCUACUCCUCCACGGCCCCCUGGGCCCCCAGCCCCCACCUCUCCUAAUGGCAGGCCCAUGCAAGGUGGCCCUCCUCCACCACCACCACCUCCUCCCCCACCUCCUGGGCCUCCUCAAAUGUCCCUGCCAGCACACGAGCCACUGUCCCCACAACAGCUACAGCAGGACAUGUACAACAAGAAGAUCCCCUCUUUGUUUGAGAUUGUGGUGCGGCCCACGGGGCAGCUAGCCGAGAAGCUGGGCGUGAGGUUCCCUGGACCUGGUGGACCCUCAGGACCAAUGGGUCCUGGCCCCAACAUGGGACCCCCAGGGCCAAUGGGAGGACCCAUGCAUCCUGACAUACACCCUGACAUGCACCCUGAUAUGCACCCCGACAUGCACCCUGACAUGCACCCCGACAUGCACCCUGACAUGCAUCCUGACAUGCAUCCUGACAUGCCAAUGGGUCCUGGCAUGAACCCUGGCCCUCCCAUGGGUCCUGGUGGCCCCCCAAUGAUGCCCUAUGGUCCUGGAGACUCCCCACACUCUGGAAUGAUGCCUCCUAUCCCGCCAGCCCAGAACUUCUAUGAGAACUUCUACCCGCAGCAAGAGGGCAUGGAAAUGGAGCCGGGUCUUGUUGGAGAUGCAGAGGACUACGGGCACUACGAAGAGCUGCCGGGGCAGCCUGGGGAGCCCCUCUUCCCCGAGCACCCUCUGGAGCCUGACAGCUUCCCCGAGGGAGGGCCCCCAGGCCGGCCGAAGGCGGGCGCCGGUGUACCCGACUUCUUGCCCUCGGCUCAGAGGGCCCUGUACCUGAGGAUCCAGCAGAAGCAGCAGGAGGAGGAGAGAGCGAGGAGGCUGGCUGAGAGCAGCAAGCAGGACCGGGAGAAUGAGGAAGGUGACACUGGAAACUGGUACUCGAGUGACGAGGAUGAAGGGGGAAGCAGUGUCACGUCUAUCCUUAAGACCUUGAGGCAACAGACGUCAAGCCGACCCCAGGCUUCAGUCGGGGAAGCGAGCAGCAGUGGGCUGGGGGAUCCCCGCCUCCAAAAGGGACACCCCACAGGAAGCCGGCUGUCUGACCCCCGCCUCAGCAGGGACCCCAGACUCAGCCGCCACGCAGAGACUUCAGGAGGGUCUGGCCCAGGGGACUCAGGGCCCUCUGACCCUCGGUUGGCUCGUGCUCUGCCCACCUCCAAGGCUGAAGGCAGCCUUCAUUCCAGCCCUGCAGGCCCCAGCAGUUCAAAAGGACAGCCCCCUGCAGAAGAGGAGGAAGGGGAGAGAGCCUUGCGUGAGAAGGCAGUGAACAUUCCCCUGGACCCCCUGCCUGGACACCCACUUCGGGACCCUCGCUCUCAGCUACAACAGUUCAGCCACAUCAAGAAGGAUGUGACCCUGAGCAAGCCAAGCUUUGCUCGCACAGUGCUCUGGAACCCUGAAGACCUGAUCCCUCUGCCCAUCCCCAAGCAGGACGUGCCCCCAGUGCCUGCUGCCCUACAGUCCCUACCUGCCCUAGAUCCUAGGCUACACCGUUCCACACCCCCUGGGCCUCCCAACACCCGGCAGCGUCCAGGCUCCACAGAUCCCAGCACCUCUGGCUCUAACCUACCCGACUUUGAACUCCUUUCUCGAAUCCUCAAGACUGUCAAUGUCAAUACCCCUGGCCAGAGUGAAAAACCCAGUGAUCCCAGGGUGCGGAAGACCCCUACUGACCCCAGAUUACAGAAGCCAGCAGAUCCUGGGGCAGCCUCCCGUGCAGCCAAGCCCUGCCCUACCGAAGCAUCGCCUCCUGCUGCCAGCCCAAGCGGGGACUCGUCCCCACCGGCCACAGCUCCCUAUGACCCCCGAGUGCUGGCAGCGGGUGGCUUGGGUCAGGGCAGCAGCAGUGGGCAGAGCAGUGUGCUGAGUGGUAUCAGCCUGUAUGACCCAAGGACUCCCAAUGCAGGUGGCAAAACUGCAGAGCCAACUUCCGACACAAGUGCUCAGCCCAAGGGUCCUGAGGGCAAUGGCAAAGGCUCAGCCUCCAAGGCAAAAGAGCCUCCAUUUGUCCGAAAGUCGGCACUGGAGCAGCCAGAGUCAGGGAAGGCCAGCACAGAUGGGGCCACAGCCACGGACAGAUAUAAUAGCUACAACCGGCCCCGGCCCAAAGCCACAGCAGCCCCCACUGCUGCCUCAUCCACCCCGCCCCCUGAGGGGGCCACACCCCAGCCUGGAGUACAUAACCUGCCAGUGCCCACUCUCUUUGGGACUGUAAAGCCAGCCCCCAAAACAGGCACAGGAAGCCCGUUUGCUGGCAACAGCCCUGCCCGUGAAGGUGAGCAGGAUGCGGGGUCCUUGAAGGACGUUUUUAAAGGCUUUGACCCCACAGCCUCCCCCUUCUGCCAGUAGUGUCAGUGGAGA